ACGUCGCGAACGGCGUCGGCAGCCAAAAUGUCGGCAGUUUUUCAACGUUAAGCGUACCCUCUGUCAACAUUUAUAAAUCUCUAUUGAAAUCAACAUCGAAUCAACCAGUAAUUGAAUCAUUGAUGAUGUAUGAUCGAUAUUAGAUCCCCAUGAUACAGUGAAAAAUCGGAAUCUUCAGAAUUUGAAAGGACAUGUGACAAGACAGGUAUGAGUUUGCAAAGAAGUUAAAAUGUCUAGUGACAACGAUCAGAUUCCUCUGCCUGGUAAGCGGAAGAAACUUGUCAUACAUGAUAGUAAUGAUAGUGAUGAAUCUAUAGUUCAAUCUCACAGAAGGAAAAGGACCUCUAAAGUUAUUAGUGAAGGUGAAAGUAGUGAUGAUGAUAGUGAUAUUCAAGGACCUGUUCUUCGCAGACCAACUCAUAGGGUUAUUAUAAAUGACGAAUCAAAUUAUGAUACUAGCAGUUCAGAGUCUAGCAAGCAAUUUGGGGAAAGUAGCGAAAGUUCGGAAUCACAAUCAGAUUGUAGCAGUUCAUCAGAAUUAGGAAACAAGUCUCUUUACAGACGAAAGUUUCUUGGCAAACCAAAAUCUAAAAAACCUCCAAAAAUUGUAUCUGAUACAGAUUCAGACAGUAGCGAUGAACACCUAGAGAAAUGCCCAAUUUGUCUACUUCCCUUUAGAAAACAGCAGAUAGGAACUCCUGCUUCCUGCGAACAUUGUUUUUGUUUGGAAUGUUUAAUUGAAUGGAGUAAAAAUGUAAAUACCUGCCCAGUAGAUCGACAAACUUUUGCAGUAAUUCAUGUUAAAGAUAAACUUGGUGGCCAGAUUAUUAAAUGUGUACCAGUGGAAGUUACUCCUCGCGAAGAAGAAAGUCUAGAUGAUCUUACAUUUUGUGAAGUUUGUCAUCAAAGCGAUAGGGAAGAUCGUAUGCUUCUUUGUGAUGGUUGUGAUUGUGGUUACCAUUUGGAAUGUUUGAAUCCUCCUUUAGAUGAAGUUCCUGUUGAAGAGUGGUUUUGUCCCGAGUGUUCACAAAACAGUCAAAGCGAUGCAGAAGCUGUGGAAAUUGAUGUGGAUGAAAUCCCAGAUUUAAUGGAAGAAGCUCGUACGCUUGGUGUUUCUUAUGGACGAUCUUAUCGCAACAAUUUGAUCCAAGACUCUUUCCGAAGAAUUAUACCUCGUACUAGACAUACUGAACGUGUUAGAGCUAACAUUCUCAGGAGAAACAGAGUGGAUGAUAAUUUACAAUUAUCUCAUCAAUUAAGACUUGAUCCAAACCAACCUUCUACUUCAGGUUUGGAGUCUCUUGGAGAUAACAGUCAAAGUCGGUCUUCAAGUAACACCUCCAGUUCUAGAGGUCGAAAUUGUUCAAAUAAACAUUCUCGAAAAUCACAAAAAUCUCGAAGAAGUAGAAGUAGUUCAAGUGACUCUAGCGAUGUAAGUGUUUCUAGAAAUUCGCAAAGAAGAGUUGGCGAUAAAAGUGAUGCUGGGAACUCUGGUACUAAAAAAUCCAGAAGAAAAAGUAGUAGCAAAAGAAAAAGUAGUACGAAAAAAAGUGGAAGUAGAACUAAAUCAAGAAAAUCUGGAAGAUCUAAAAAAUCAUCUAACCGGGGUACACUGUUGAGAGAAGUUAGAAUUACAGAGCGUAAUGAAAACGGGGAAGAAGAAGAGAUUGUAACAUAUGUGAAAGUGGCUUCAGUUGGGCCGCGAAAAAGAAAAACAAAAAGAAGAAAGAGAAGACGGUUCAGAAGACAAGCUAGAACUGUGUCCAGUGUUUUAGCUAAUACCAAAAAAAGACUUGCAAGUUCUUUGGGUAUUUGUAAGCCAGUUAAAGGUGUUCCCGCUUUACUGCCUAGUGUUAAAAACCGUGUAGUUUUAACGGAAAGAUCCGCGUUGACUAUUUCUAGAUAUAAUGCUGGAAUUUCAAGGCUUAGCUUACUUGGAGAUGGUUUAAAUCUGGAUUACAGUCCUCCAGGAUCAGAGACGGAAGAUUAUCACACAAGUGUUGGUCCUACCAUAACCGUUCAAAGACGCUCUGUGAUUUCUUCCCGAAGACAUCUACAUCUAAAAAGUAUUGCUAGUCCACAACAAUCACAAAUUGAUCUUUUAACAAGCAUAAUAAGUGACCAAGAAAUUUGGCAUUCAAAAAAUAAUAAUGUAACUUUAAAAGCUAAUGGUCUCAUUGUGAAUGAAAAGAAAGAAGAUGUCGACGAUUUGAAGAAAGGAAAGCUAGAAGAAAAAAGCGUGAUUAAAACAGAAGAAAUAGUAUCUACAGAAGACAGAGUUACUGGAACUGAUGCUCCGUUAGAAAUUUCCGGAAUUAAACCAGAGCUAAUUACACAGGCUCCAAUGUAUAACAAUCCUUGUGGGGGAGGAAACAGAGGCAAUUUCAGAGGUGGCUACAGGGAUAAUGCAAGGCAUAGUCACGGUGGACAGAACUACGGUAGAGAUUCUUUACCUGGAAGUGGAAGGCACAGUUAUGGAGGAAGUGGAGGUAAUUUUGGAAGAGAUUUUGGACCACCUGCAUUUUAUAAUCCAAAUUUUGAACACUGUGGGCCUCCAAUGUUCGGAGGCAAUCCUCCGUUUAGAAAUCGCAACCCUCAACACUUCAGAAACGAAAGAUUCCGCUUCAUGCCUCCAGGAAGACCUCCAUUUGCUUUCGGUGAAGGUUUUGAACAUCACUCCUUUCCCGAAAGAUUUGGUCGUCCUAGAUCUCCUCAAGCUUCUCUCGAGCGUCCUCAAAAUAAUAUGCCAGUAAAUCUACCAGAAGACACUCCAAGAAAUGACACUGCAGAACAACAGUCGCAAGAUAGUGAAAAUACUUCAGUCAGACAAGAGGAAGAUUGUGAUAUUUAUUGUGACAUUGAAACAAAGUCAGAUGGGGAACUUCAGGAUCAACAAAAUGGUUCCAUGGCUUUGUUACCACCUCCAGAACCACCAUCAGGACUCCUAGAUUUUGAAGAAAAUUCAAGAAGUGAAAAAGACAGUGACCAAGAAUUAGUUAUCGAUGAUAGUCAAAAAGAAGACACUCCGAAAAAUGAUAAGUAUGAUCCUUUUUCCGUGGACAGUGACAGUGACAGUGAAACGAAGAAAAACGAGGAAGAAACAGAAUCAAAAAAUGAAAGUCAGACAUCGAAGACUGUAGCACAACCUGAAGUUCUGGAUCCAUCGCUUCGUUUGUCAGUUUACGACGAUGAAGAAGAAGAGGAUUCUCAAGCAGACUGUCCAAACUUCUCCAUUUAUUCUUCGCAAACAAUUGACGUAGCACGACAUACCGAACAACAAUUAUCACAGCAAAUCGGACCUCUCGAACCACCACCGCUUCCGCCUUCGAUUCCAGAUGAUGAUGAUGUUAUUGUCGGUGAUGUUCAAGCUUGCGAUCUUGCUGACAUUCCAGAACCGUCUGAUCCAUAUGUUGAAGCUUUGCGGAAGGAAAGACAAACUUUGAGUAAAAUCCCGCCAAAGAAAAUUUCUCAUGAUAGCAGAGGCAAGAUUACCUUCAAAAUUGGUACUAAAUUGAAGAUCAACAACAGAUUGCUAGGACUGCAAGAAGAAGAAGAAGACAAAGAGAGUGACGAUGAGAAGAAAAAGGAACCUGAGCCAGCAAAAGAAGAAGAAACGUCUGUUGAUCGUGAUGAAGAAAGGAAAAAGAUUGCCAAGAGUAAACUCGAGGAAGAACUUGAAUCAAAAGAAGAAGAAAAGGAAUUAGAAAAAUCAUUAUCGCCUGUAAAUCCACCUCCAGUUGAAGAGGAAGAUGUGAUUGAACAACAAACAGAAAAAGAGUGUUUAGAAGUACCCAAAGUUGAUACGCUAAAAGUUAAUUUGAAUGAAGUUGUUUCUGCAGAAGUAACUGAGUUAUCGCCAAAAAAUGUAGAGAACAAAUUAAACAGUGAGUGUAUACCGAAAGAAGAUGUUGAAAAGUUAACACCACUUCUUGAAACAUCGAAGAUCAAUGACAAAGAAGAAAGUUCAAUGAAAAUUUCGAAAUCGGAUGAGAAACAUGAGGAAGCAAAAAUUAAGGAUGUAGAUGAUUUAGAGAGCGAAAAAGACGACAAAGAACAACGUCAUGGCGGUGAAGAAGAAGAGGAGGAAGAGGAAGAUGAGGAGGAAGAAGAAGAGGAAGAAGAGGAAGAGAUUUCAAUGGGAAGAUUUCCCAUUGAAAAAGACAAAUCUGACAAAAAAAGUACUGUCGAAGAAGACGCUAAUAAGCAAACAUGGGAAUCAGAUGGAGCCUAUACUCCGUGCAAAGAUGAACUCCCUUUGAAGGAAUCAAAAUCUUCUUCCGAACAAAUGUCACAUAUGGAAAGUGGUUUAGAACCAAUUACGCCCACGAAAGAUAAACCUGACGAUUUGGAUAGUUGCAGAACGCCUGUAGAUUAUAACGCUUUAGGUACUGAAGCUAUUUCUGAGACGGAUGAAGCAAUUAACUUUGAAGAUGAACUCACUUUAUUAAGUUUGAGAAAGGAGAAGGAAAUGGAGGAUGGAGAAAUCGUUGAAGAAAAGAGUACUAAAGAAGGCGAGAAACCUGAAAAUGACAAAGAAGAUGACAAGAAACGGAAAAAGAAAGAGAAGAAAGAAAAAAGUAAGGAGACAGAGAAGAAUAAAGAAAAUAUUGCUUCAGAAAAUCAAGUAGCAUGGAAGAAACUUUCUAAAAGUACAAAAGAGAGAUCUUAUAGGGAUAAAGAGAAGCGAUCAAAAUCAAAGGAGAAAGAGAAACCGAAGAAAAAGAAGGAAGUGGUUAAGAAGAAAGAAAAGAGGAAAGAAUUACCCAGAUAUGAUGUUAGAAAAAUAGUUGCUGAAAGACCUUCGAGACCAAGAAAAGACGAAUAUGGAAGAGAUAUCAGAGAGAAAUCAAGGCAAAGAAGCAGAUCUAGAAGUUGUAGUUCAUCCAAACGUUCUAGAUCGUAUUCCAAACUUCGAUCCAGAAGCAGAUCUAGGACUAGAUUACAAAGAUCAUGGUCAAGGGACCGUAGAUCAUACUCAAAAUCUCUUUCAAGAAGAAGAUCGCUUUCUCGAGGAAGACGUAAGUCGCCCAAAAGACGAUCAACUUCCAGAAAAAGAUCUUCUUCAAGGAAACGAUCGCUGUCCAGAAGAAGAUCGAGGUCGGUUUCCAGAAAGAGAAGGUCAUUGUCUCGAAGAAGAUCUAGAAGAUCUAUCUCGAGGUCCAGAAGAUCCCUUUCAAGGACUAGACAAAGAAGAUCCGUAUCGAGAUCCAGGAGAUCUUUAUCCAGAUCACGCGACAGGCGCAAGGAUAAGAAGAAAUAUAAGUCUCGAAGUCGAUCAAGGAACCGCAAGCGGUCUCGAUCAAAAUCACCCCGUAAAUCUUCGAAAUCUAAGGAGAGGAAACAUUCGAAACGAAAAGCACAAAGCAGGUCGAGAUCCAAAGCAGGUUCUUGCUCAAGGAAUUGGGAACAAGUUGACAAAAUUGUGGAACCAGACUUCGCAAGAGAAAGGGAGGAAAGAGAAUCCUGGAGUGCUCAAUGGACACCUUCUUGGUCAAGAUCCAGAUCCAAAACGCCACAGCAUGUACAACAAGAUGCAAUUGCAUCCAGGGAAUGGUCUCCAAUGAUGGAAAAUGUUGCAGUUCCGCCAAAAAAUUUGACUGUAAUUUUAACCAAUAAAGAAGCUAUUAAGAAGAAAAAGAAAGAACGUCGAAAGGAUAGUAAAAAGGGGAAAGAUGAAAAAAAGAGAAAGGGGAAGAGAAAUAGAACUCCUCCACCAUCAAAAGAAGUGUUCGCCAGUGGAGACAAUAUUUUGGUCAGUGUGUGUUUCAACAAGGAUAAUGAGAAUGACCAAACGGGAGUUCCAGAAUUUCCGGAAACAAUUCCUUUGAUUCCUCCUCUGAAACGACGUCGUAGGGAAUCCUUACAGGCAGAGCCUCCAAAGCGUUCAAAGAAAGAGAAGUCAAAGGAUAAGCGGUCCAAAUCUCCAAAGCCUAAAAAAGACAAAAAGAAGAAAUCUAAAGCAGCUGAAAUAGCGGCCACGAAGAAACCAGUAGCCGUGAUUGAUCUGGAUCAAUCUCCGUUCAGAGAACAGACACCAUCGCCAAGAGACGUGAUAGUCCUCAGUGAUGACGACGACAAACAAAUUCAGCAAAUCACACCAGAUCAGUGUCAGCCUUCACAAAAUUCUCCACCGCGAGAACAGUUUGUUUCUCAAGGUCCUAAAACACCUCCUGAGCCACAAAUAAAAUUCUCAAUAAAUAAACAAACCAACAACUUACGACCAUCAAUGUUGAAUCCCCUUUUGGAUGAGGAGGAAGAAGAAGAGAUGGAUGAAAGGGUUGAAGAAGAAUUAGAGAUGAGAGCACAAGAAGAAUUGGAAUUAAGAUUGAAAAUUGGACCGAAUACCCCUCCUGAACCUCCAACUUCUCCUCCAACUAGUCCAGAUGCUUAUGAUCCAUUUGAUCCAACAAAAUCUAGGUCACCAACACCAGAUGCCAGCCAAGAAGCAAAUUCCGGCGAUGAAAGAAGGAGGUCCCCAAGGAAACACGACUCUGUUGAUGGAAAUAUCCUUGAAGAGGAAAACAUCCAGUCGCAGGAAAGGCAGAGCCAAGAGAAGCAGCUGGAGAAGCCUAAAAUUAUUUCUAUGGUGACAAUUAAAAGAGCUUCUCCACAACGGGAUGAUGCGAAUGAAAAUGAAAACAAUAAGGAUAUAGCAGUUUCAACUGGGAAUUUAGAGGUACAACAGAAUCAACAAAAUGUACAAAAUCAAAAUAAUCCUUUCGCGGUGAUGAAUCCUGUACUGGCUACGGUAGCUGCAGCAGUACAAAGAAGUGGUGUAUUCAAUACGUCCAAUUCAAACAAUAGCCAACGUAACUUGUUACAGCCAAAUAGAAUCUCACCAAGUAAUCAACAAAAGCAGCGUUCAGGGGAUCGUUCUCAAGCACCUGCAGUGUUUGUGAACACUGGAAAGCAAAGAGGAUCAAAAUCUGGUCAGACAAAAACGAAUGGACAGAAUGGCAAUGAUGCAGGUACGGAAACAACAGACAACGUGGAUAUGUCUUCUCCUUAUUCGCCUGGCUCAACUCUUAGCGAUGGUAUUUUCGAUCCACCGAGUCCUACGGCUUAUAAUUCACCUGGAGCUGGAACCGGUGGUGGUGGAACAGGGCCUGUUAGUGGAUCCCAACCUAUUAAAAACAGCAGUUCGAAAACAGCAAAGCCCACUGAUAAGAAAGAUGCUUUCGAUGCACUUUUUGGUGCUAUGCCAGUUACGAAGACUACCAGUAAACCAAGCAAAACCAAAAAGUCUGAGAAGGAUAAGAAGAAAAAGUCCACAAAUCCAAAAGUAGGUGUCAGAAUGGAUGAAAAUCAGCUACAAAUAUUGGAUGAUCUUCCAAGUUCUGCUGUUGAAAUGCAAGUCAAGGAUAAGUUCCUAAAGAAAUUAAAUCGCCAAGAACGAGUGGUGGAAGAAGUAAAGUUGGUCUUGAAGCCUCAUUAUACAAAAAAACAUGUUACAAAGGAAGAAUACAAGGAUAUUAUGCGUAAAGCAGUACCCAAGAUAUGUCACAAUAAGACAGGAGAAAUCAAUCCGAAGAAAAUCGCCCAUUUAAUUGAAGCUUACGUUAGAAAAUGCAGAAAUAGUAAGAAAAAAACUACUGAGAGUUCCUCUACGAAGGCCUCUAAACCCACAAAAAUUUUGUGGAGUUGAUCACGAGUCAGCUAGGUGUCUGUUCAAUUCCCUUCAAUUUUGUAGUUCAGACGAUCGUCGUGCUCGAUAAGCGGUGAGUGAGCUUCGAGACAGCUAGUCUCCACUUCGAUGAUGCGAUGUAUCUUAUAUUCUCUGUAAAUACGUAAUUAAUUCAUUGAUUGGUCGAUUGAUUGAUUGGUCGAUUGGUUGCUUGCUUGCUUGAUUGAUUGAUUGAUUGGUUGAUCGAUUAACUUCUACGAAUACCAUUGAUUAUUUAUAUAAACGAUACCCUUUGUCUCAUCAGGAAGUCUAAGUGUCUCUACGGAAGAUCCAUUAUUUACACAACAUUGUGUUCGUUCUCUCUCUUUCUGACUCUUUCUCCCCGCUCCUUUUUUCUCUCUCUUUGUCUUUUUUUUACUUUAAUUUUCACAAAAUUUAAAUUUAUUCAAUUGAUACUUGAUUAGUAUUUCAUAUAUGUGAAAUUUAUCACAACCUGUGAUUUUUGUUAAAGUAUAUGGAGUUAAAUUUUAUACAUUUUAAUGAUUGAUUAAAGAUUAGAUUAUUUUUUUUUUGUAAAUAUAUCCAAACUUUAAAAUAAACUAAAAUAAAUCAUUGAAUAAAAUUUUGUGUACAAAAAAGACAAACAUGGUAGAUGACCCAUGUUUCCUAUGGCUUAUUAACAUUUUGAAUUUAUUUACAAUUUAUAAUUUCGUAUUUUUAAAUUAUUACCCAUUCAUUUCUUUAUUUGGUUGAUUCAUACAUUUAUGGAACUUCAGAGACUAAUCAUUAUUAUUUGCAAUUUACUAUUUACAAAUUGUCGAACACGUUAAGAAAGCAUAUGACUGAAUUUUUUAUUAAAUUUUUUAUGAGCAAUAUAUUAUAAAAAUUCAUCAAAUAUCAGAAAUUGUAUAAUUAGAUUUUCUAAGAAAAGAUAUAUAUAAAUGUCAUAAACAACAAUAUUUAAUACUGGUAUGCAUUACCACUGUUCAUAUUAGUAUGCAAUUGAUAUUUUAACAGUUAUUUAUUGAAACGAUAAAAUGUUAGCCUUUAUUUUUUAAUUUUUAUUAGUAAGAAAAACGCAUUGAUAUUCAUGAUAGGUGUAUUUAUAAUACAUGAGGAUAUUACAUACCGUAAAUUGACACUUUGGCUUUUCCGCAGAGACUUGUCAUUCUCGUAUUUUUUAAUGCACAUGUAAAAAUGCUUAAAUGCCGCGUUUCAGACAUAUUGUAAUUUCACUCUUUCUAUAGAGUUGGACAUUAUUCGAAUAAAUUGCUGUUAUCAUUAGA